CGAAGUACAUCGUGACGUCAGUGCCGAGGAGAGUCUCAUGAUAUCAGGGUGUUGGUGGUGUCGCUCUCUGAACUGUUAUUUGCGAUUAGGAUGAAUUUUUAAAGAGUGAUAACUUGAAACAGUGUCUUAGCCGUUGUGAAUUCUGUAACAAUAAAAGUGCUGCAAACGGUGCUGGGCAGAUAGAUGGUCGUUUAUGGAAAUCAUAUAAUAAUUUUUUGUGGUUUAUAAAAGUGGCUCUAUUAUGUGACGUAGUGCUGUGUCUGUACUUUUGAUGGCAGGGGCGAGAAGUAUGAAAAAUACAAACUAUUUUUGGGAGAAUAUCAUUACAAAGUCAUCGUCAUGGCUCUACCAGAAGUACCUUGGAGUAAACGCAUUUGCAUCGUCGCCUUCUGGAUAAUCUUGGUGACAGAAAUCUGGAGCAGAGCUGAUGGACUUCGUUCACCAGAAGUUCGGCGUCCUGGGUCGCCUGGUAGUCAGUUCGUCAUAACAAAUCGGUUGGCUGAGUCUGAUGCACCGUCUGCCCCAGACUACGACUCCCUUUUAGAAACUUUGCAAGGAGACUUUGGCAUCCGCUCUGACAUUGUAGAGGCUGCUGGAGAGGAACCAGAAUAUCGAGGAGCAGAGACCCUAGUCGUCCCUCUGUAUAUCCCAGAGGGAGCUGUUCAAAUCAAUCUUCCUAGAAUCGCUCGAUCUGGAACUCUACAACCUCCUGAUGAUCUUGAUUUGAGAAUCGCACCCUCUUCAGAUUCAGUCCUUAUACACCGGAUAGGUACUGUGACAGGACGUAGGCCUCUUCCUCCAAGAAGGCCUUCCUGGCGACCCCCCAGCAGGGCGCGUCCUAUUCGGUUGAAUGCAUUCCGCAGGUCAGACCUCGUUCCACCCAGGCCCGCAACAACAACGACGACGACAACUGGAGCUCCUCUUAUAUUAAACAGAUUUGGUCAGAAGCUUCACACUCCAAAUGCUGAACCAUUUGUCAUUGAUGGACCCCUUCCAUCACAUCCCUCGCUCUCUCCUCUGGAUGAUGAGGAUUUGGAAGAGCCAGAGGACACGGCUAUAAGAGCCAAGAAGAACGAACUGAGCAAAGAUUCCCAAUUUCACAACAUCACUACAACAGAAAUAAAUGAGACUUCAUCCACCACUUCAGAAACACCUGUAACUACAAGUACAGCAGCAACUGAGGAAAAAACAACCUACACUGUAAAGUUCCCAAAGAGACCAUCAACCACUACAGCAGCACCAGAAACAUCUACAACUUCUGCUACUACUACUACUACCACCACCACCACUACCACUACCACCACCACUACCCCAACCACAACUACAACUAGCACUACCACAACUCCCAAAAUAACCACCAGACUUACUACAACUGAAUCUUUACCACCACCAUUACCAUCGGAUGAAGUUUCUGUAUCUGAAGAAAAAUCAACUAAAUCUUUAGAAACACCAUCCCCUAGUACAAUAUCAGAUCGCCGCUCAGUUCUUUUCCCGAAACCUGUGGAGAGGAUCCUUGGAAACAGUACUCCAGAUAGUACUACCAUUACAGUAAAUACCACCACUACCCUUAAGCCUACCACUGUUAAGCCAUCGGUAACAACACAAAGACCUCCUUUACGAACUCCUCCAUGGUUUACUCGACCAGGUUCAACAACUACAGUUGCUACAAUAACUACGACAACGGAUAGUACCACUACCGCUUUGCCUGUAUCAGAAAAGUCUCCAGUUGCUUGGCGUAGGCCCACAAGAAGGCCUCUAAGAUCAACUACAGAAAAAUCUGUAGUAGAAGAAAAUUCUUCAACUCUUUCAAGCAUAAGUCAUACAUCAACACCAACAACAACGACAAAAGCAUCGGAAAUUCUUGCACAGACUGAUAAAAGAGUAUCAUUUAUCAACAGAAGAACAACCACAACUUCAACCACAACAGAGAAUCCUAAAACUGAGGUACAGGCAAUUGAACAUACAACUUCAACAACCACAACAUCAGAACCUUCAACAACAACAAGAGAAGUAACACCACCACCAUCAUCAUCGUCAACAGCAGUGACCAUUGAUACAAGUUCCUCAACAACGACAACACCUGUUACAACCAAAAGGCCAAUCACUGCACCUCAAAGGUUGCCGCCAGUGAGAACAAUGGUUAGUGUUGAAGAGAUAUUCAAGGAUUCAAGGCCAAAGGAAAAUGUGAGUAUUAGUGAGGAUGAUAAAGAAGUCAUUGAAAUCACCUCAAUCAGAAGUCUAUUUAGUACCCAGUCUCCAGUAGUAGUGGGUAAUCAAGAGGAAACAUCUUCAGAAGGCAGUUUCACCGAGAGAAAUAAUAACCCACCUGGUAGAACUGAUGCAGCUAGGAGGAUAGUAAGACCCCCGACAAGAUUUUCCAACAUGAAGGGUGAUGAGCAGAAUACAACAACCGAUGUUGCAGAGGACCACUUAACUGAAAGCAAGCUGCCUGAUACAGAAUCUGAGGUGGAAAAAAGCAAGUCUUUAAAUGCAACUGAAUCUUUUGAAGAAUUGGAUGCAAGAGAUAGUGAUUUCGUUUUUCAGAGUGAGGACAAACCAACUGUAUCACCACGAAGGAAGUUCUUUAGACCUUCCCGACCAAUACUACACCCUGACAGCAUAAAGACUGCUGACCGAACAUCAGAACACGAAAGGCCUCAAAGGAGGCGGAGACCUGGGAGGCCUCGAUCAACUUCUCCACCCCCAAUAACUCAUUCAAGUGAUUUCUUCAAGGCUCCCAAAGAAACUAUUUCAUUUGGCACAACAGAAAAAGACCAGACUGUUGCUAUAAGAGCAGGUGCUUCUGCUAAACCUGUACAAGUGGUCUCUACUACAACAUCAUUCCCUACACCAGUUAUUCUUACAGAAAAAGGUCCAACUUCUGCAACAGAAACAGAUCUUUCCAGUACACCUGGGAUCGUGAUAUCUGUCACAACACUCCCGCCACCAAUUACCACAACAGAAAAAUCCCCAGAACAAGUUGUUAUUGAAAGUUUGACAGAGAUAAUGAAAGCGGCAACAAAUAACAAUAAAGGUAAAGAUAAAGUAUCCAACAUAGCUACCAAUUUAGAAGCCCUCAAUAAGCAACUAGCAGAACGAGGCAUUUAUAUUAUGCAUGCUGAAGUGGAUGGAGUCAGAAUUAAACUUGAUAAUCGCACUCUUCCUCGACAUACAACACACCCUCCUCCAACCACUUUCCAUCCAUCAACGCCAUUUAAAGUCACACUUGGUUCAACACUUGCAACUACAACUGAAAAUCCUCCUACAAGUGUGACAAACCCCCAACCAAAAACUCAAGAUGGUCAGGUCUUGACAGUAUCUGAGGCAGAAGUGUCAGACAAGGAUAUUUUGACCUCUAUAAGAACUUCAUUUUCUUUCCAUACUGCAAAGCCACUUGACAUAGAGAAUGAGACAGACAGUGAAAAUGAAGUGCAAAGUACCACUAACGACUCGAGUUUCACGACCUUCAAACCGGCUGAAACCAGAAAAGCUGCAGCAAAGCCUGUACGUGGAGAAUCCCUGAGCCCUGUUCUCUCUCCAUCCAUGUUACCCUCGUCUGAAGAUUUUUACGACAGCUUACCAACGUUCAAUAAAACUGAAGGUAAUGGCAAUCAUAAAAUGGUAACCGAUGAGACUCUAACACCUGUUCGCACAAGUUCAUCAGCUGGUGACAGGGAAAAAGAUGAAGAGUUUGGAACUGUUCCAUCUGUACCUAUUUACGCAUCUUCAACUGUUCCAGCCAGUGUCACCACUCGCACACGUUCCACUACUGUUCAUAUCACUACUCACAGACCGUCCAUGAGACCCAUCCAAACAACGGACGAAUCCUCAAAACCUGGUUUAAUGCUGAUUGAUGAAGGCUACCUCAACAGAAAUGGAACAGCAGAAGGCAAAACUCCCGAUUCAGAACCACACUAUUCAACUAGAAUGCACCCAACUUCCCAUCACCGGCCCACAUCAGUGCCGAAGUUACCUGAUAAUGAAUAUGAUACAGAUUCUCGACCAAACACUAACGGCAGAGAGUCUAGUUUUGAUACGUUUACGUAUGCAACAAUCACAGAAGACACUGCACCAACACCUAGUGCCAAAGCAGGAAACUCCUCCUUGAAUAAUAACUCUUCUGGCUCGUCUGCUCGUUCAGCAUUUGGAGUUUACCCAAUCAAGAUGACUGUCCCUGAUGACAAUUCAGUCGCUGCCGCCGAGGACAUAGACAGUGGGAACUUUGAGGAAAACACCUCCACAGCUUCCACUACAAUUUAUGUCAUUGGUGUUAUUGGAAUCAUUCCUGCGGCAGGAUUGGCAGCAUUCUUGGCCCGUAAGUUUCUCAGAAAAACGCAGAAAGCUCUGCCAGACAGCGAAGAACGAGCUGAAGGCUUCACUCCUGUGACCCACCACUCUCGCAAGCCAUCGCAUUCGAAUACGUUGGACGUUGAGCCAUCUUCUGUUGAGGCCAAAAACCCAAAGUACUCACCGUGGGAAUUUCCAAGAACGAAGCUUCGUAUUGUCUCCAUUUUAGGCGAAGGGAAUUUUGGUGUGGUGUGGAAGGCAGAGGCGCGAGAACUAUGUGCCUGUGACGGGACUCCAGGAGCAACCGUUCUCGUUGCCGUGAAGGGCGUGAAGGAAGGAGCAGGAGUGAAGGAGAGGCAGGACCUUCUGAAGGAACUGGCCAUCAUGCAGCAUAUAGGACAGCAUCCAAAUGUUGUGACUCUCUUGGGAUGCUGCACGCAGCAAGAACCCCACUACCUGGUCAUGGAGUACGUGAUGUUCGGAAAGCUCUUGACCUUCUUGAGGGAUAACCGAACUCGCCAUAACUACUUCAACUUCUCCUCGGACACGGAUGCCUUGACCUCGAAGGAUCUCACGAGAUUUGCCUGCCAGAUAGCCACGGGAUGCGACUACCUUCAGACGCGAGGGAUUAUUCAUCGCGACCUCGCGGCCAGAAACAUUUUGGUCGACCACAAUAAAGUCUGCAAAAUUGCUGAUUUUGGCCUCGCUCGAAACAUCAAAGACAUCGGCAGUGACAUCUAUGAGCAGAAAAGCAGGGGAGCCUUGCCCAUACGAUGGAUGGCGCCAGAAUCUCUCUACAUGAGCAUCUUCACCCACAAGUCAGAUGUUUGGAGUCUCGGAAUCUUGUGCUGGGAGAUUGUUACUCUGGGUUCAACUCCAUACCCUGGCAUGACAGCCAGAGAGGUGAUGAGACGUGUCCGUGAAGGAUAUCGCCUGGAACGCCCAGAGCACUGCCGUCCGGAAUUCUACCACAUCGUCACCAAGUGUUGGCACCAGGACUUGAACAAGAGACCCUCCUUUGCCGAGCUGAAGUUUGAGAUGUCUCAGUUGCUGGAACACGGACAUGCAGCCUAUCCCUGCAUCGAUCUAGAGAACUUCCCCGAGGCUAAUUACUUCUCCAUGCAUGACAACGACGAUGAGAAGCUGUGAUUACCAAGUCAAGUUCUGGUUAUCCAUCCCCUGCCUUAUACUAUUUAGUCUCUCCUCUCGGGAAUGUCACCCAGUUAAUCAGAGAUUAGUCUAAUCAGAUAACAAGAAUCGGCGGUUUCUUGUUAUGGUGAUGCGGUGAUAUCAAAUGGACUUUUACACAAAACUAUCUUACUGAAUCAUUCCCUCAUCCUCCAUGUUCAUGUAUUCCAGACAAUAAUUCUUUCAUAAUUUUCCCCCCCCAGUGACACAUACUUCCUUGCUUUAUUAUAUUGGUUGUAUUUAUGUCUUAAGAAUCGAAAGUCUUGAGAAAUGAAGUCUUAAGAGGCAGCAAGCAGGUCUUCGUUGCUUUUUGGUUUAGUUCAUUUCAGUUUUAGUGAAGAAACUUUUAACACACCAUUUCCAGACAAUAAUCAGUGUUGUAUCCAUUAUUCAUUUCUUCAUCAUAUUCUCUCUUUUUCUUGUUUUUCUCGUAGACCAAGUGAGGUCUGUGAUCUUCAGACGUUUUUGGCAAAGAAACGUCAAUGAUAGCUCGACCUUUCAAUUCUUGUUAUGCUUAAUGGGAAAGAAAAACGUGUCACAUAUCUUUCAAGCUUUACCAAAGAUGGCAUACCAAGAAUACGUUGUUGUUAGAAUGGAAAUCUCUUUUUAUUUAUUUUUUUAAGGGACAGAAUAAAUGGAGGGCUAUUUGGAUGCAGAGUUUACACUUGAGAAAUGUCAAUUUCAGAUCAUCGCCCAUUCUCGGACAUUUCACUGGAAAUAUGGCUCUUCAAAUAUUUAUUUCUUUAAUAAUGUUCCCGAAAAAGAGGCUUGCAUUCUUUUUUUCGUUGUUUUUUUAAAUAUUUUCCAUGCAGUGAAUACACUGCAUAUCCAACAUCCGAUUUUAUAUUCAUUUUCGGUAUGUCAAUCAAUUUUCUUCACAUCCACUUUCCCCCUCCCUGUUUCAUGUUGUUUUUUCUCCAGUGAUAUAUGAAACAGUAUCCUUUGAUUCUUUACUACUUUAUUGUGUAAGAAACGAUCGCAACUCGAACUUAAGUUUAUCUGUAUACAGUGAGUACUGUAUAUAUGAACUCGAAACUUGUAGUAAGAUGUACAUAAGUUUGUAAAUAUUGUUGUUGAGAAUUUCGGAAAAAUUUCCGUUUAUUUUAUUCAUUUUCACCCAACAACUAAUUUGUAAUCUGUGUUGGGAAUUGGACCUUCUCAUUAAAAUAUAAUCUAUUAAUAAUUCUACUCAUCUAAUAGUAGCCAUUCAGAUAUACUCGAGAACAAGCUUAUUGUAGGCUUUAGGGCUCAUAUGGGUUCGAUCAAGAUAUUAUAGUACGGUGGUAGAAGAGGAACGCAGUGUAUUGAGAUCUGUGCGAGUUGUGAAUUGCGUCUCCCAGAACCUGAGCUUUGGGAUCAAAACGGGAAACGUGACUACUGAUGCUUGCCUUACAAAGAGGGAUAUAGAGAUAACAGCCCAGCGAACCGUUUGGAAAGUAUAUUAUAGGCAUUUUGUUUUCUUCUAACAAAAUUUUUAUUAAAUUACAAUAUCUCUUGUGUUAAGGUAGGCACAGUUUUAGUUUACGUCUUGUCCAGACAUGCUGCCAUUAUCUCUGAUAGUAUGGAAAAAAAUGUCUCAGCAUUCGUGGAGACUAACAAUCAUAUCUCUUAUCAUUUCUUCCUUACACUGUCAGUUAUUGUUUAUUGUUGUAUAUAACAUAGGCAGAAAUCCACUCAGAUGUUCAGACUGUUGUUUGAAUGGAAUACGAUAAUCUGUUAUUCGUUUUAAGUAUUGGAUUUAAUUUAACAACAAUAUCACCUAUUAUUUGAUGUCCAUUGAAUUUCCUCUCACAGAACUUCAGUGGAUAGAAUUGUUGGAUAAUAAUUAUGUAUAUAUGGGCUAUUUUAAAUGUAUGUGUACAGAAUAUUUUUAUAUAUUGUAUUUGAAUAUUUAAAUAAAUGAUUAUACUUUA